CAGAUUAGAAGAGUUCGGAAAUAGUCAUAAAUUCACAACCCAAUUUUAUUCACUGUAUCAGAGCAAGAAUGGUAAUAAAUGGUGGAGGGAUUUUACUGCUCCGACGGUUCAGUCAGGCAAAAAUGCCAAUCGGGGCACAUUCCUCCGGAGCUCCGGUACGACUGCCUUCGAGGCUAGUUCCGGAAGUCCACCGUUUUCAGGUACUGACAAAAGUUCUUCUCUUUGCUUACUUUUACUCACAUAUCCCUCUCAAUUAACAAGUUCGUAUUUAAAUCCCUAGAAUUUGAUUGAAUUGGGAAUUGAGGGGUCCCGCUAAAGAUUUGUUCUUUACGCUUUAUGAGUUGAUGGGUCUUUUUAUUAUUUAAUCACAUAAAAGUAGCUUCAUUUGGUUGAUUUGAUUUUGGAAGCUUAUACUCUUUUGAGGUUUGUUGUUAAUUGGUGUCUCUCUUCCAUGUUUAGCUUUGUAUGUGCAAAUCUAUGCGGCUUUGAAGCUUCAAUGCAUUAGAUUUCUUCAGAUAAAUAGUUGGCGGAAGCUGUUAUUUGCACUUCAAAAAAGUCAUUCUGCACUUUUCUUGGAAAAGUCAUAUUUUUGGUUGCUAGCAGCCAACGGUUUAAACUUUCUAUUAGUUUUGGUAAACCAUGGUUACAUUAUAAAGUAGAGCAUUGUCAUGUAAUUUGACAAACAAGUAUCUUUUGUUAAUGUUGCAUUACUGAAACAAAAGUAUGAAUACAGGCUGCUCGUGCGAGUGACUAUAAAUUCGAGUAUUUUUAGGACACUUGAAGAGCAAUAAUGCUUAGUUCUAAUUGUACUAUCAUUAAAAAGAACAAUUGAAAUUCUGUAAAACAAGUAAAUGUGGCUGGAAGUUAUGCAUGCAUUGCAGUUGCAGAUACAAGCAAUACAGAUAUCUAGGAGGAGAAGCUAUCUUCCGCCAUUCAAAUUGUUCACAUUGUUUGUGAUAAGUUGGUUUGGUGCUUACCCCUGACUCAUUUAUAUGUUCAUUAGUUCCACAUUGGUUUUGCUUAGCUUUCAUGUAAUCUCCUGCGAGUAUCAUAUCUACGUAUCUAUCUGUACAAGGCAUGACUACCUUAGUUUUGUAAAGGGAACUUAUAUUUGUGAAGGAUUCCCUUGCCCAUGUGUUUGAAUUAAAUUUUUUUAAUUUGAAAGUUCAAACAAGAAUAUUUAAUGUUUAUGUUUUCAGUUUUCAGUUGCUCAAAUUGGAUUGACUGCUAAUGAUAUAUUUAGGUUCUCGUAUAGUUGUGUGCGUAAACAUUUCUAGCAUUAUACUUUUGGGACCGUCUUCUGAGAAAAUUAACCAACAAAAGCUUCAUUGCUCCAAAAUUCUAUAAAUCACGUCAUUUAUGCACCUGCUCUUGGCCUUUAUCAUUUUCUUCAAAUUUCAUGAAUAUGUUCUACAUAUAUUUCCAGACUUUCUAUAGAUUUGGUGAUAGCUAAUACUUUGUCGUGGUUGCGUUAACAGUAUUUGUCCACUGAAUGUGGUAGGACUACAUAGUAUCUAUUUGCAGGAGGAUCAGUUAUAGGUAGUCUUGUAAUGGGUUAGAUCUCUCAAUAUGACCCCAUUUGCUUCUUUGGCGUUUCCGAUCCUAUUGUCCCUGGAGCUUUUUACAAAAUUGUCAUGUUGGUCUAGAUUUCUGUCUUUUGAAGAUUUAAUGUAUUAUUGUUGAAUACUGUGUUAUGCUUGAAUUCAAGAUCUAGAGCAAACAAAAUAUAGCAUUGCACCGAAUUAGCACACUCACCUAUAUUAGAAUUUUGUCCAAAAAUUACAUCAUGAUUAGAAAAAUAUUGAAUCCUUCUUUAUUGCUCCUCCUCCCUAAAAGGAAUUAAACCUCACUUCGUUCAUACCUUAUAAGAACUAAUCUCUAACAGAUAGUCUAAAACCUAAUGAUAUCCUUCCUGUUAAUUCACUUACUUGAAAUAAAUUAAGAGGAGCGGACAUAAAUGAUAACGGAGCUGUUCACACCCUUUUUAGCAUCUCUCACACCCUUCUUUAUUACUGGCCAUCAGAUUAGAUAAAUCAAAUGGAAACAAUGGACAAGAAUAAACAGGGGUUGUAGGAGGAGAAAAAUUGUGUGUAUUUAUCAUUUCCCAUGAUAAACUGAUUUACUUACCAAUCUGUCUUUUCGACCAUCAGUUCUUUCCACGUUGAACAGGUUAAGCGUUUUUCUCCGUGAUUGACAUCUAUAUAACCGCCUGGGGCAGGUGUUGGCUUGCAUGCAGCUUCUCAAAUUACUUUCUCACCUUGAUAUGAAUCCACGUUGAAUAGUUGAAGUUUUCACUAUCCUGGUGAUGAAUAUACGAGCAAAUUGUUGUCAUGGAGUUUCCUAGUCGAUGUGAUUUCCACAGUUAUUCUGUGGCCAACUCUGAUGGACUCAAAAGCAGCUUUGAUUCUCGCCUUGUGAUUGAAGAAAUGACAAGCAAGCAAGACAUGGAAUCCAACCAUGAAGUUGAAGUGGUUCAGUGGACGACGAAAAUGAAAACACAAGUUCCAUUGAGCUCAUCAGGUUGUGCUACCCCUUUUACUCACAUUCCCAACAUUAUGACAAUCGUUUACUCACAUCCCUAACAUUACGACCUCUAACCCUCUAACUAAAAAAAAUAUUAAUAUAAAAUUUUAAAUACAACAACUUAAGAGGGGAAGUUCUGGGUUUGCUAUUUCAGGGGAGGCCUUAAUUUGCAAUGUUGGGCUUCAGUCUGUCUCGUAUGGCGUUUGUGGUACUUGUUGUACUACUCGCUGUGGGGUUCGGUUGCAAAGAGAGGAAAUCAUCUCUGGAGAUAGCAGUCCCUUUACUUCUUCCUUUUAUAACGUUUAUAAGCUAACACUGACAGGCCAAUCCACCUCCACCAGUUGCUCUUGGGAUGCUGGCUUUAGAGAGAGAAAGGGUGUGAGUCUUGAGAGUGAGAGAGGCAAAGGAGCUAGAAAAUGUGGUUUGGCAGAAGGCAAUGACUGUAUGUGGUAGCCCUGGUUUUCCAUGGCGUUCUGUGCGAGAAAAGGAUGGAGGAGUAUGGCUCCACAUAUGUCCAUACAGUCGUAGCCCUAGUCUGCCAGAUUUGAACUAAAAGAGGCGCCAGAAUAUGUCACUCUCUUCUGCAUCCUCUCUAACUCUCCCUUCUCUCUUCCUUUCUCUGAUUCUGUUCUCUUUUUACACACUGGUCAGAUGGCUAUUCCAAAACCACCAGCCUCCGGCCACUUGUCAUUCAUUCCUCACCUCGUCAAACUUUCCACAACACUGCCAAUGUACUCUCUCUUUCUUUCAACCCAAUAUCUUCACUCUCUGGCAUUCCUCCUCAGCCUUUUCUUUAAAUUCUUUUAUCCUCUUUUUGUUCCCUCACGUUCUUUACCCCACUCCUCUGCACCCCCUUACGUGUUCUUCUCGCUUUGGCCACACCUGUGCUCUCUCCACUGGCAGCAUCACAAGUUUACAAACUAGACCACGGCCUGCGGCUUAUACAACCCCACCCUCACCAACACAAAGAUUUAACCAGCCCCUACCUCUCUGAAGAUCAUCGCUAUCAACAAACGCUCUGUGUUCAUAGACAAUGGAAAACUUCCAUCCACCUUCUGUCCCCUCUACAACGACCGUAACCUCUACUCACCAGACAAAUAAUUCGCAGUCCUCCACUUGUGAACCAAUGAGCUGUUUGCCUUCAACUACUUAUAGUCCUUCAGCCACUCAGUACAGGUAUUACCCGGCACUCCUGUACGCAAGAAAUUAUUACCCGAACCAUCAGGCGGGUCUCCCCAUGUAUCCAUUCCUGGGCGGCGCCCAACCGAAUAUGGUUCUAUCCAGAGAACAGGCCAGCCUAGACCGAUCCAGAUGGAUAUUGGAUGCCCUUAUGUCUAAGUCUGCAAGAAACGAGAGAAAGAUGGCAAGACAGAGGAGUCUCAGUUUGAGCAGAAACGCAGCCAAUACUGCUGUUUCCUCUACUUGUUCUCCCCCAGUGAGCAGGCAUCCUCCAUUUCAUGGGAAUCAUGAUGAUGAUACUUGUGGAAUCAUUUCCACUUCAUCAUCUGGUAAUGGUGCUGAUUUGCAGAACCCCAAAGAACAGCUCUACCCGUUCUGCACGCCGGAUAACAAGAAACUGAGACCGCUGUUUAACAAGGAGUUGAAGAAUAGUGAUGUUGGACCUUUGGGCAGGAUUAUAGUACCGAAGAAAGAAGCCGAAAAUAACCUUCCAAUGCUCUCCGACAAAGAAGGCAUCCAGCUGACUGUCAGAGAUGUACAUUCCGACCAGCAUUGGGAGUUCAAAUACAAGUACUGGUCAAAUAACAGAAGCAGAAUGUAUGUGUUCGAAUAUACAGGCGCUUUUGUUAGGCAAAAAAGGCUGGAGGCGGGAGAUUGCAUUUAUCUUUACGAGGAUGAAUGCAAGAACAUUUACAUCUACGUAGAAAAGGUGCCAAGGCCAGUGCGUGUAGCUGAGCCCUCCUCUUCUCAACAGCGUAAUACUACGACUAACCAUACAGACCAAGCCGCCAACAUCAACACUAGCCUCGAGGCCAACGAUACCGACAACAGAAAAACUAACACCAAUCUCAAGGCCGACAACACCAAUGACAAAACUCCCAACACCGAUGCUAAAACCCAUAGAAGUAACCCCUAUGUGGCCUCAAACUUGUUUUCACCUUCACCUUCCCCUUCACCAUUUACCUAUGUAGCUGGCUACGAAGAAGACGAAUUAUCUCUAGAACUACUUAUGGAACAACUUAAGCAAGAGCAAGAAGCUAACGUUUUCGCGGAUGCUUUGUCUGUGAUCUCUGCUUCUUCAUCAGCCUAUAUGGAACAUGAGGAAGCUACUACUUUGUCCAACAACAUCGCUGAUUGCCAUAUGGAGACAUCUACCAAACCACCGUCCACAUUGUCUGCAGGAAUCGAUCCUUCAUCGUUAUCAUCUUCACAGAGUAGAGCAAUGGUGAGGAUGGUAAAUGAUGAUCAGCCUGAGUUCGAUGACUGCUACAAAGGCCUUGGGACGCUCCCAGAAGUCGACCACUACAAGUAUAUGUGACUAUCGCCUCUUCGAUCGCAACGGGGCCGCAGCUGACGACAAGAGAACUGAAUGGUUGAGUUCUUUUUCUCUGGCACAGGAUAUUGUCAAUUGUUUCAUGUGCUUCAGAAGAUAUAGGAAAAAAAAAAAUAUUGAUGUGAUGUUAAUUUUUAUGUUCUGAUGUCAAUUUCAUUCCCAAUGAAAUCAAAUUUAGUUUUACUUGCUUAACACUUCAAAAA